CCACUUUGACGUCCAGCAUAACGUCACAAAGCGUGUGCCCAUGGAUACUUUACCAGAACCUUCAACUGCCACGAUGGCUUCGCACGGUAUUCCAAUAAUGCAGACGUCCUAUGAAUGCGGCAACUGCGAUUUUUGCAAACAAAGGAAUGUUAAAGUUAAACCUUUGAAUUGCAAAAGACAUUUUUACUGCAGAACGUGCAAUGAUUUCUCUCCAAAAUUUCAGAGAAAGGACUUCCAAUGUAGAGCUUGUUCAGAAAGAUUACAACAACUUACAGAAGAUAAUUUGAAGAAGGUAGAUAACUUUCUUGGAAGAGAAACAGGAGGUUGUGAAAAACAAAAGGAUGUCAACGUGAGCCUUGACGGUGGUAGUAUUAUAACAUUCGACAAAGAUAUCUUAGAGGAGGAAUCAGACGAUGAUGGAAAUAACGAUGAAUGGGAACACUUGCUACAGACAAUGACAACAGAAACACAGAAAAAGAAAAAAGACAAACAAACUCAUAAGAAGAAGAAAAAGUCUUACCGACCUCUACAGCUUGUUCCAAGAGAAAUGUCGUUUAUGAAAUUAGUUCUUCCAUCUGCCGCUUGUCGAAACGGUGAACGGUCAGAAGAAAUUAAGAAUGGGAAGGAAGCGACUGGGUGUCAUUCAAAAGAGAAAUUAAUCCCUGAAGACAGCGAAUCAUCGGUAGACCAGAGUAAUAUAUCACCGGUAGACCAGAGUAAAAUAUCACCGAUAGACCAAAGUAAAAUAUCACCCGAGGGAUCCAGACCGAACACAGUUAUGGAUAUCUUCCAAGAAGAACGUUGCACAUCUCCGGUUAAAACACCAAGUCGACCGAAACCUAGUUGGGGAUGGAUACCUACUUCUCAGAUAUUUACAGACACUGACGAAGACGAUGAUACUAUAGAACUGAUUAUCGAUAUCGAGGCUCCUCCAGAAUCUCCAAGAUCUGCUGAUGAAGCGAAUAUGGCACCAAUAGAAAGGGACUCAUUUUGGGAUUUUUAAUGUUGGAUUUGAAUAUUUGGUGAUUUUAUAUGUCCCUCGUACCUUUUCUACUCACCUGUUUGUCUUCGCUGUAGAACACCUUUG